CUCAGGAUAAAGCUAAACUGCAAACAGAAACUUCCAAGCAAUCAACUGAGUACAGCAGAAGAGAUCAUGACUGCUAUAUUAGCGCCCACCAGCCUCUAGCAGAAAUGUAUGGGAUGGAGAGAAGGAAGAGCAGAUUCUGACAAAGGAGAGGAUGUUCCCCUGUGUGCUAACAUUUCAAAGGAAAAAAGAAAAAGAAACUUCUCACUUUUUCAAGCAGUUAAGGUUCUUUAGAGAAAUUUCCUACUGGACGUAAUGUAAAGAAACAAACCGCUAUUGAUAUUCGUCACCCUGCAUUUGAGUGAGGAACUCCAUGAGUCCACCCUCCAGUGCCUUUGCCCAUGCCGGGCUCCGGAGGAUGGGGAGCGGUGGCUCCACAUGUGCUUCACCCAGCUCUCUGGUUAAGGUCUGCGCAGAGCACAAGGGGGGCAUCAACUGGAUGAGUUUAAGCCCAAAUGGGCACCAUCUUCUAACAGCCAGCGAAGACUGCACCGCUCGCUUAUGGAGGACAACAGAUAAUCAGCCCUGCAAACUGCUACAAGGGCAUGAAAGCUACAUUACCUUUUGUCACCUGGACGAUGAAGCUGCUUACACGUGCAGUGCCGAUCAUACCGUGAGAAAGUGGGAGGUGUCAACAGGACAAUGUCUGAUUGUUUAUACAGGACACACAUCCAUUGUUAACAGGAUACUGGUUGCCAAGGACUACAUUUUUAGUGGAUCGUAUGACAGGACAGCCCGUUGUUGGAAUGUGGACACUGGUAGACAUCUCCAAGAGUUUCAGGGUCAUCGAAACUGUGUGCUGACCCUAGCUCACUUUUCUUCUGAUAUACUCGAAUCCUCUGAAAUGGAAGGGAAAGAGGUUAAAGAGUUCCUUGUCACCGGGAGCACAGACUGUACUAUUAAAAUCUGGGAAGCUUCCAGUGGAUGCUGUUAUCAGACAUUAAGAGGACAUUUGGGGGCUAUUUUGUGUAUUGUCCUGGAUACUUCAAACAGGGAACUGUUUUCUGGCAGCACAGAUUCCACAAUCCGCCGAUGGAACGUGGUCACAGGAGAGCAACUGAAAAUAUUCAGAAACCAUCAAGGAUCUGUUAUCUGCUUAGAGCUAGUGGGACGGCACCUGUAUUCUGGAAGCGUAGACCGAACUGUGAAAUGCUGGUUGGCCAAUACUGGUGAAUGUACCCGGACAUACAAGGCUCACAAACACAGUGUUAGCACUUUAAAAUAUCAUGCCGGAAUUUUGUUUACAGGAAGUGGAGAUGCUUGUGCAAGAGCUUUUAAUACAAGGUCUGGGAGCUUGCAACAAGUGUUCCAAGGUCACACAUUCAUUAUUAAUUCCAUUCAGAUACAUAAUCAGUUUUUGUACACUGCUUCUCAUGAUGGAACACUCAGAAUUUGGGACAUUAAAGGUCUCUCCGAACAAAACAAACAACAAAAAAAGAAGUCCGUACGGAGCAAAAACUCUCAGAAGGGAAGCUUGACUCAUAUCUUCCACAAUAAAGUUGGAUGUGUACUGGAAGCUAAUGGGGAAUGUGAAACUGUGGAGCUAAUGUGAAAGGAGAAAUUUUAAGGAGAACGUGAAGUCUGUGGAACCACUGAUGUUUUUGUUGUUGGAAAUGUUCACAAUUAUAAAGACUGAGCAAAGUUGGAGACCUGUCCUACUGCUUGUAGAAAUAUUGUACAACUGUCUGAAGAACAUCUCUGUGAGAAGCUUUAGAGAUACUGAUAUAUAUCGAUAUUAGAGCACAGGAGAUGUUUAUUAACAAGGACAACGUUACGUAAAAGCACUUCUAAGUACAAUCCGUAUACUGCACUGGACUAAGCAGUUGUACAUUGUUUUGGAAACCUGACUCGAUUAGCUUUAUUAAGACUGUAUUACUGCCGGAAGCAAAGUCUCCAUUAUUUGAAGAUGAUUGAUAAAGCUCUGUUUAUGUUUUAGUAACUGUUUCCCUUUCUGUAGAUUCUAGAAUUGGCAAGUUUUGGUUACCAAAAAGACCAGGAAUUUUUAGAAAAAAAAAAUUCCUAUAUUUUGUUUUUAAUUUAUAGUCUAACUGCUGUGGAGCUCUCCAUAAGCAUUGCAUCGACAAUCAGCAAUGUGCUGGCCCUUUAAACAUAACGAUUUCCUUAUCGUUUUAAUCCAGAAAUGUAACACUAUCCUGCCAACAAUGAAAUCUGAAGCCUUAAAAUAAUUGAAGAGUAUAAUCCUGAAUAAAGACAAGCAAUAGGCUAAUACUUUACAAGCUAGACUGUAGAAUGUACAGGACGACAUUUAAAGAGACAGUAUUAUCAAUGCAUUCCUUUUAUGUUUUAAGGAGCAUAUUCAACCACCUAUCUGAUUGCAUGAAAAUCAAACCAAAUGCAUUUUUUAUUUAAAGGGACAUUCUACUGUAAAAAUGGCAUGCUCUAUGUUUAAGCUCAAGCAGAUGGGUUAAAGGGGCAUGCGACCCAAAUGUUUUUCUUUCAUGAUUCAGGUAGAGCAGUGAUUCUCAACCACGGUCCUCAACAGGCCAGGUUUUUAUUAUAGCUUAACUAGAGCACAGGUGAAGUAAUCAGCUGAUCAAUAACACCAUGGUUACUAACCUGCUCUCCCCAAUAAGCUGAUUAUUUCACCUGUGCUCUGGUUCAGCUAUAAUUAAAACUUGGCCUGUUGGGGUUACUUGAGGACCUGGGUUGAGAAACAAUGAUAGAGCAUGCCAUUUUAAACAACUUUCCAAUUUGCUUCUAUUAUUACAUUUUCUUCAUUCUCUUGGUAUCCUUUGUUGAAAAGCAGGGAGGUAACCUCAUGAGUGUGCAUGUCUGCAGUACAAUAUGGAAGCAGUUUUGCUAUAUUGCUUAUACAUUUGCAAGAGCACCAGCACUUUCUCCUGCCAUGUAGUGCUUCAGAAAUGUGCACACUACCUAUCUAGAUAUCUAUUCAACAAACAAUACCUUGAGAAAAAAGAAAAAAAAAAUCUAAUUUGACAAUAGAAGUAAAGGAAACUAUUUUUUUUAAUGGUAUGGUCUAUCUGAAUCACAAAAGAAAAAUGUAGGGUUUCUUGUCUCUUUAAGCAAAUAUGUAACCUCCUGCUCAACAGGCACAAGCAUUGCAGCUCCCAAGUAGGAAACCCCCUGAGAGCCAAUCAGAAGCGGCAGUUGUACAACUCACCAAUCAUGUGCUGUGUUCUGCUUAGGAGCUGCAAAGCUUUAGGAAAUAAAUUAUUUGCAUGUUUAAUAGACCUACAUUUCCUUAAGGCUUCUAUCAUUUUGAUGUGCUGCCCCUGUGUUAGGAAGGUGGUCAUUGCUGAUUUGGAGCAUAUCAUUUUUGCAUUGGAGUGUCCCUUUAAUUUGCUACUUUUGGGACCAUCUAAUGACAGAGAUAAGCUAUUUAUAUCUUAAACAAGUUUUAGUGUUAGGGCAUAGAGAAAAUGAAUUAGGAAUGUCAAAUGAACAUCUUAAUUGCCUGAAACUGAUUUAGUGCAAGGAUGUUCCAGAAUAAGUAUUUUUUACAUAGCUAUGUUAUAAUAAACUGAAACAGUGCCCAAGUCAUGUGAUACUUCAAACACAUGAAAGAGAAGCAGGUUCAUAAGUUACAAUAUUUGAUGUAAUUUAAACCUAUUUAAAGAGAUAUUCCAGACAAAAUUGGAAACCACAUGGGUGCAUUUGGGUAUUGAACAGAGGCAUUUUUGUAAUAUACAUGCAUUAGCAAAAAUGCUUUAAAUAAAAGCUAUAGCUGUUUCAAAAUUGUAUUUAAGUAUGCACCGUGCACCAGCAUUUUAAGCAGAGCACUUGCCCAGAGAGCCUAAGGUGAUUGUAGCAUCUGGUAAUGACUCAAUUUGUUCAUUGCUGACAUGAUACAAACCCCACUGAUUCUCUGAGCAGCUGCAGUUUAUAAAAUGUGGGUGCAGUGACAAUAUCUAGCUAUGCUUCACAUGCAGAGAAAAAUGUUAACACUAAAACAGUGAUAACUUUUAAUAGAAGCAUUUAUGCUAAUACAUGUACAUUGCAAAUAUGCUUCUUUUCAUAGAUGUAAUUCAUCUAUGUGCAUUUAAACUUUGACCGGAAUGUCCCUUUAAAUUGAUAUUAGAACCAACAGGAAGUGAAUUUUUGUGCUCAAUGUAAAGGGAUAUGAAACUCAAUAUUUUUAUUUCAUGAUUCAGAUAGAGGAUGCAAUUUUAAACAACUUUCCAAAUUACUUGUAUUAUUCUCUUGGUAUCCUUUGUUGAAAAGCAUACCUAGGAAGGCUCAGGAGCAGAAGAACACUAUUAUGAGAUAGCUGCUGAUUGGUGGUUGCACAAAUACAUAUAUAUCUUGUCAUUGGCUUACCCAACUUGUUCUUCCAGCUCCCACUAGUGCAUUGCUGCAUUUUCAACAAAGGAUAACAAAAGAAUGAAGUAAAAUUGGCAACAAAAGUAAAUUGUAAAGUUGGUUCAAAAUGCUCUAUCUGAAUAAUUAAAGAAAAAAUGGGUUUCAUGUUUAAUGGUUGAUAAGACAGCUUACAGGUCAGGAACACGCCCCCACAAGAAUGAAUAUAGAGAGGGUUUUUUUUUUCUGGACAGGAACAUCAGUUUAAAAACAAAAAGAAAACAAAAUUGUAAUGUGUUGUAAAAUACGUCUUUUAGAUACAAAAAAAAUAUAUAUUUUUUUACCCAAUGUAAAAAUAUAUCAUUUACAUGUUACUCCAUUUUGGUCACUUCUAUGUGUAAACCAAAUCUUAGAUUAGAAGACAUCACCUAUUCUCUUCCUGUUGAACUAUUUUUUGUUUGAAUGCAAAUGAUGUUUGCUAUAAGCUUUGUGGUGUCCCAAAUGCCCAUAUGAAAUUAUUUUACUUGAAAACUAGAUGCCAAUAAGAAGCCUCUAAUAAAACGUUUAACCCUUAGGCUGCAGAGAGGAACCAAAACAUUUUGUGCAGUAGCAUGUUGCAGGUCUCCUAAAGAUAUAAACUGUUUAAUGGUAUUUUCAAUGUAUGUAUAAGAUUGUCUUAUUGUAAAUUAAACCAUUGUUAUGGUUUAAAUUAAAAAUGAAGAAAAGAGAUGUGCAGUCAUACUACACAAUUUUGAGGGAUCUUGGCUUGUGAGAUUCUGUAAAAAAUCUUCCAAUUACUAUGAAUCCAUUGGUGGAAGUCUCUAAAGGCAGUUUUUUUUCCCCUUGAGAACAUUGUGUCUCGCAAAGGGGUGUUCCCUUUACUUAAAGGGAUAUGAAACAGUGCUUUUGUAGUAAAAACAAAUAUGUUAAAUAAAAGUAAUUAUAAAAAGAA